AUGACCAUCGUCAGAUUAGUUACUGCUUCCGACAAGCCCCAAUGGCUUGUUCUCUGGAAAAAAUACCUCGAGUUCUAUGCUUCUACUGGAAACAAGGCAGCCGAGCAUGUUCCAGAUACUGUGACAAACACGACCUUUUCCCGCUUUUUGGACGAUUCGGAGCCCAUGGCGUGCCUUGUGGCCGAGGACGAGUCUUCAAAAACCCUUGUUGGUUUUGCACACAUUCUCUGGCACCGAAACACUUGGGCAAUCGAGGACAAAAUCUACCUUAAUGACCUAUAUGUUGAUGAAAAUAUUCGCUGUGGCGGUGUAGGCCGCAAGCUUAUUGAGGCCGUGUACAAAUAUGGUGACGAACACGGGAUGCCUACGGUCUACUGGCGUACCCAAGAAUUCAAUCACCGCGCACAGCUGCUCUACACCAAGGUUGGUAUUCGCGAUGGCUUUCUUACCUACAAGAGACCUUGA